UCCUUCAAUAACCGCAAAAUCUGUCCAAGCUCGACAUAAACUGACUGAAAACAACUUAAUCCACCCGCUCGGUACCGUUCAAAUGCACAGAAAGUAUUUACCGCUUAACCAACUGCCUAUCGUCUCGAAUGAUUUGAAACAAUUUCGCCUACCAAUUUUCCCAAACGCUCCAUCCUCCAUACGGUUUUCCUCUCGACAAAGCCGAAUGGAAAUGAUGUCCUCAAUUUAUGUUUGACUCUUUCUUUCUUCGUUUCGUCGCGCUUACCGAAGAAGUAAAUCGUGCAGGCGCAUGCAGCGUUCAAUCGUUCGGAAUAAACCGUGUCACCGGCAUAACAACCGACCGCGGUGGUUGCCGCGGUUUUUGGUCCCGAAGACCCGGCGAGGAUGUUCGGAUGUCGGAAGACACAUUUCUCGGAACGCCUUCCAUGUCAACGCAAACACGCUAUUGAUUUAUCGAACAAAUGUGUGUACCAAACACGGGUGGGUUCUGGUCGGCGAAGGCCUAGCUCCCCCUUGGACUGACUCUUGGACGCAUUGUCCCGAGUGUCAUUAUUUAUGUGCCAACUGCCUGCCUGUGUCUGUGUGUCACCUGCAGUGGACGGCAGCUAUCUGCAGAAACGCGUCCCUGUGAGUAUGUUUCACCCCACCACCAGCAAGCCCAGCCAGUCAGCCAACCCGUGGGCAACACGGUCCGUGUGUUUAUUAACAAUUGCACCGGAACAACAGUGCUGCACUCGUAUGCGCUCUUGGGUGCGCUAUUUUCGGGAACGGAUGGAAGAAUCAGAGACAUCAAAAGCUUUGCCAGUAUUUAAACAUUUACUGUCGCGCUUUGUCGACACGUCAACAUGUCCCGCAGCAUCCCGACUGCAUCCUCAAACUGACAGCCGUACGAGCGCAUCCGACGAGGGUUCAUAAAUAAAAUAUCGCCACCCUGAUCCUAUUUCGCAUUUUGGGUAUUGUCAUCUAUAUUCUAUUUUUUUUUUCACUCUCUGUCGCACACCACACACCACAAGGGAAAAGAAUAAAACGUUACCCUUUAUGUCCCUUCUCGUUCCUCACCCUGUUCUGUGCCUCUCCCUCGUUUCGGCGAAAAAUUUUAGUAUAACAAAUCCAAUGAUUUAUGGUUUCGUUACGUUUCUCGGGUAAGGCAGCUAGCUAGCCUGCCUGAUCGCAAAACAUAAAAUCCUGUCCUAAGCUUGUCGUUCGGUACGCUUUUUUGUGGCUUACUGUGGUGUAUGAGCUCCAAAAUAGCAACCCCCGCAGGCCUGCGAUACUUAGAGUACACGCACGGUUGUGAAGUGAAUACCACGCGCGUCCCAUUUUGCCUUUCCUAUUGCACGGCGCUAAAUGGCCUUUUACCCCCACUUUUUUUUCUUUUGCUUUGGAAGGGAACAACCAGGACUCUGCCUGAUGACUCUGCUGGCACCGGGUAGCGUGUGUUUAAGUGAUUUUGAUUUAACUGAUACGUUGACAUGUGACAGUGGGGCACGGUGAGCAAGCCGUGUCUGCACAUAUCAACGAACGCAACGUGCAUGAUGAGAUAACGGCGAAUCACGCAUCGACUGCUUCUGCUGCUUCUUCCCCUGGGAGUAAUGUAGAAGCCACGUAGUCACUACUGCACUGAUUCGACCCGUAUGGCAGUGGGGUAAAUAAAACGUGUUUGAGGCCCAACUAUUACUGCCAACAUUUUUUGGGUAACCUUGAAAAAGGAGUUGAUUAACUUUUUGCUUCCGAUUGGCUGAAGUUUAUCAUCCCUAUCAUGAUAGUAUUAUAUUAAACUCAACAGAAAUACCGGUAUUCGCGCUGAGCUUGGAUCGGUGCCAACAGGGUACCUUCCCGAGCAUUAGUCUUUUAGGCGUUAGACUCACAGACUCGCAGUAGAACAAUGGCCGCCUGUCAUUUCCGUGUUUCGGAAAAGUAUUAUUCGAAGGUGGUGUCAUAAUGUGUUCAGUGGCGCUGCAGUCUGCAAUUCUGGCGGGUGGACACACAGCAGGAUUCAGCGAUCAAACGAAACUUCGCCUGUUCCUCCAACCGAAAGGAUAUUUAACAUUCGGUGCAAGUGCACGGAAUUGUUUAAACAUUGCAUUGCCAUGCUCUUCCGACGACCGGCUGGUGGAAAUGGUUUCGCCGAGCAGCCGUUGUAUCGUCCCGGGAGCUGGCGCUGCAGGAUGGUUGAGAUGCUGCACGCAGACGGAAGGAGCGUUAAUUUCUGUUUCGCAAGAAAAUGGAAAUAAUGCUGAAAAUCUGGCCUUCCAAAUUGCAGCGUGUCAAAACUUAAUUACGAUCACGCUUUUUGCCCCCCCGGAGCAAGAAGCAAAAGAUAGAUGCCUGCAAAGUGAUACUUUGGUGCAGCAGCUGUCAGGAUGCGAAGAAAUGGAGCGCACAAACAAAACACAAAAGCCGCUCCCUCCGGUGGUAAACAGUUGCAUCUGACAGGUGAGGAUUCUGACAGUGGUCAGUGGCGUCGGGAUAGACAUAAUGGUGCACGGCUACACUGCAGGUGUUUAUAUUAUUGUGGCCUCGGCAGUGAUAUUCUUGCUGGAAAUCAAAUGGCUCUUCACACUGUUCAUAGUGCUGUGUACAAACAAUGACUACUCGUCCCGGUGCUACCAGUGUUGGAGCGUGUGCCGGUACUGUGGCGGUUGGCAUCUGACCUUUCCGUACGUGGCCUUAGGUAUAGCGCUGCUCGUGUGGCCCCAUCGGCUGUGGUUAAGCCACGUGGCAGGCGGGCUUUUGCUGGGGCUGGCCAUGCUGCGGUUGCUGACGGUGUGCAAAUUCCGACCGCACGGCAAGGACGACGAGCUGCUGAACCACUUUGAUGAGCACGCGGACAAGUACGACAACCUAUCGGAUGUUUUGGUGGAUAACUCGAUGCCCGAACCGGGCCACAGCUUGGAGAGUAAUGGACAGCGUGCGCCCGGUGGUAAUGAUGACGAGGAGGAUGACGAUGAGCUGGGCAGCAUCCACGGGGGCAGCAUGUGACCGGACGGGCCGGCGCGCCCAAAGCCGAAAGCAACCAUCAAGAAGUGUAUGAAUCAAAAUUACGAAAAGUUGGAUAACGAAUGUGACUGCGAUGUAAUCAAAUAGGACACGACGGCUCUGUAACGGCGAUUCGUGCGACUCGCUCUGUUGUGCGUGUGGUUUUUUUUGUAAAUAAACUUAGCCAGUACACUGGAGAUGUGGAUUUGCUUGCUUGCAAAUAAUAAUAAUAAAAAAACGGAAUACUCCGGUGAGGUCGGAGUUCGGAGGCAUCGUUCCGAUAGGGGAAGCCGCUGGGUUUAAGGCGCUCGGAUACUGUAUUUAAUAGUGGUUAGGAAGUUCUCUUUGAGCUGGUAUGAACCAAAUAAACAUUCAAAUUAUUUA